AGCAUCAGCUUACUUUGUCUUUUUGUUGUUGCCAGCUAGCUACCCACACAUUUCGUGGAUGCAAAGUUGAAAUCUUUUUUGCUUUUCUUGUGUUGUGUUCUCAUCUUCCUUCAUUUACUUCAUCUGGGUCAGUGAGAUUCUUUCAUUGCAAUUGCAAUUUGCAACAACAACCCAAAAUGGAGAAAGCUCUUACUAAAGUAACAAGCUUGAAGGUUGGACUUGGAGAUUCAUGGAUUACUAAGAAAGCCAAACAAGAGUUUUCUAACAUCUCUCAAGACAUCAAUACUUUCUCAAGUACCGUUGAAGAGAAAGCCAAAUGGAUUUUCAACAAACUCAAAGGCAAGCCACAGAAAAGCUUACCGGAUCUCCUCCGAGAGUACAACUUACCGGCAGGGCUAUUUCCACAAAACAUAAUCUGUUAUGAGUUUGACGAAAUCAAGGGUAAGCUGAUUGUCUACUUGCCAUCUGCAUGCGAGGUAAGUUUCAAGGAUUCCUCAGUACUGCGAUACUCAACUCGAGUCAAAGGGGUUCUUACAAGGGGGAAGCUUUCAGCAAUAGACGGAAUGAAAACCAAAGUUCUCGUAUGGGUUAAGGUGACAAGUGUGACAGUUGAAGGUUACAAAUCUGAUAAGAUUUGGGUUACUGCUGGUGUAAAGAAGUCGAGACCAAAGGAUGCUUACGAUACACCUCACGAUGCUCUUAGAGUAUCGGAAUUCUGAGUUUGCACAAUCGGUUAUCGGUGUUGUUUCUGUUAGUAUGGUAAUAGUUAGUCUAAUUUAUUGGAAAUGUUUACACAGAAUGUGUGGGGGUUAGGAUCAUCUUCUCUUUAUUAUAUAUUAUAUUGGAUUGGAUGUAUUGUUGUUAUGGUCAUUCAUUGUCACAUUGAAUGGAAGUUAUUUUGGUGAGUUCGUAUGAGAGCUCUAAUUAUGCAAUACAAAUUGAGGUUGUGCA